ACGCAAUAAUUGGGCAGUUAAUUAAUUGGCCGUAAAAGCAUGGACCUACUAGCAAAGGUCCAUGGUAAAAGUAUCGAUGGAAACGAAAAACUAGUGCAGCAGCUUUCAAAGACACCUUAGCAAAGCUGUUUUUUCUGUCGUCAUCUUUAUUUUUAGCUCCACCGAAUUGAAGAACACAAAUAGAAAAAAAACAUCAACUGACAGACAAACUACUGAAACUAAGGUUGUAUUUAUUUGCUUGAUGAUCAUGGAGUUACCCAAGUCGUUCCGUCUAGAUAAUGGAGACUUAGUUCAGCAGAUUGGUCUGCUAGCAUGGCUACAUAAAGGAGACGAUGCAAAGUCGCUGUACAAAACCAUCACAGGCGUUCGCGUUGGACAUGAACUGUGGCACAGACUCAGCGGACAGGAUGAAAUUGAAGCGUACCGGGCGGAAACAAUUGGUGCAAUAGUAGACUAUGUCAAGAAACACCCCAAGGCCAGCAAGGAUGAGCUAGCAAAAGAAGUUGCCAAACAGCUCCAAAUAUUUGCUAGUAAAAUAGAUGCCAUGUAGUCAGAAUAAUUUGUAUUUCCUUUAUAAAUAAUAUGUAUAAAUUCACUUAUAUUUAACCUUUUGUAAAGUAGAUUCAGUUCUUGAAUAUUUUAAGGUACAUACCAGGAGAGUAUCCAGUCAGAUUAAACACAAUAGUUUAGAGAGAGCAGAGUAUUGUGUGAGAAACAAUGCCAGCCCUAAACUUGUAUCCAAUCCGGCUGGAUCCGCCCCAAAACUGUUAGUGUGUGAGUAUUGCCAUCUUUACUAUCCCCUCACCCGAUCUCUCUUGAUGGCUCUUUCAUACACAUAAAAAAAAUUAUUAACAAAAAGAAAGUAAAAGGUAAGAUUACAAAUAACAAGCAUCUAUAAAUGUGGUGCCCAAACCCACAUUAGAUUACAUCCUUUGAAAAUCAUCCUGAGAUGAUAAAGGCAUAUGGUUAUAUUCAGAUGGCAUACAUGUACAUUUUAAUACAUGUAUAACAACAUGUAUAGAUUUCAUUAUGUACAUUUUAUGUCUUGGCCAAAUUCAUUGCACCUAAAUCUGCAUGAAAAUGCAACAGAAUUUGAUAUCAUUUAAAGAUGAUGCAUGUUUUAAUGUACAAGUUUUAUUGUUUAGAAAUGUAAUGUCCUGUGGGUCUACUGAAUGUUGGCGUGCUACAUGUACAGGUACUUGAAGACUAAAUAGUGUAUCGCAAAAUAUACCCUGUGCUACAGUACAGGCAGCACAUUGUAAAUAAAAUGUAUGUUGUCAUUUGCAUUAUGCUGUUAGUAAUUUAAUGAUUUUUUUUUUCAUGAUGUACAUGUAAAUAACACAGUAAUUCUGAUAACUAUCUAUGGAUUAAUUUUUCUUGUAUCAUGUGUUUUUACAUCAAUUUAAUAGUAAAGUAAGAUUUACUUGAACUUUUGUCUAACUUAUGGUUCAGCUAUAAAUAGCCAAAUGUGAAACAAAUCUUGAACAGUAUAGGUUCAAAUUAUCAGCACAUUUGGCUAUUCAUUGUCAUUCAUUACUGUCUUGGAAUAGAAACUGCAUGUAGAAUAAUUGCUUCCAUCAGCCAUUCAAGCAUGGGGAAAGAAGGCCCUUAUAAACAUAAAGGAACAUGAAUAUAAAAUAAAAUACAUUUUUGGUUUCCAUGAAUUUCAGCAGUCUUAGUCAAAUUUAACUAGACUUUAUAAUGCAGACCCUUGAAGUUUACUAUAAUGCAAUCUUCAUUGUGACUCUUCGGAUUGUCAAGGAUGUUGGAGUGCAUGCACAACAUGGAAAAUGGUUAUUUGUUGUUCUUAAUUUCUUUAUUAGAAUACAUAUAUUACUCAGGAUUAUUAGACGUAGACAUUCCUUUCUUGGGAACAUGAUAAACCUUACUGUGAAUGAAAAAAAAACCAGGAAAUAGAUUACAUAAAUUAUUUGGCGCUAUGUGGGGUAAUCCAAAGGCAACAGUUUGAUUUAUCUUAGAAAAACCUGUCUGAUAAGUAGAUUACAGAUAUAUUUCAAAUAUGUUAGUAAACUGGUCUAUGACAUUUGUUUCAAAUAAAUUAAGCUAGCAUUUAAAACUUCAUAUAUGAAUGGCUACUUGCAUUUAAGUUUGUCCUUUUAUUUAAGAGCAAUCAAGUCAGCAUGUCUUAAUAGCACAUUGAAAAAGCAUUAUAACAAUACAUAGCUUUUAUAUCCUGUAUGUGCAAAGAAGAGAUCAACAUACCAUUUUGAUCUACUUUGAGAAACCUCUGAAAUUGCACAUUUUUUCCUCCAAUAGUUUAUUUACUUGAAGUUAUUGGGUUUUUUUCAAGUUAGUGUACUACAAAUGAGAAGGGUUUUCUGUAUCUUACCAAACUACUGUGUAUGAAUAUGUUAUUGUAAAUGUUUGAAAAGUAUAUAUUAUGUGAUCAUCAAGUGUUAGCUAUAUGGAAAAAAUUAAAUAUUGUAAAUGUUUAUAAAUAUAA